CUUUUUUGUUCAUUAGUUUCCUGAGAAAUGGAUGAGUUAGUUGGUAGGGUGGGUGGUAGAUUCAAAAUAUCCUUGACAGAUUCUACAAUGAUGCGAAUUGUGCAUUCUGCAAUGGAUAAAGCACAUGAAAGAGCCCAAUCUAAGGAAGGUGUUAUAGAGCGACUGACUGAAAUAUCCAAGUUCUAUGAGUUGGCAGUUAUGCAGUUGGAGGGGUGUUUGAGUUUUGUUCAAGAAGAAGCAGAUAGUAGUUCUGAAAUCAGCAAUGAAGAGGUAUUAUGGGACUUGACAGACAUUAGAGAUCGUCUUAUAGGACGUCUCAAGGAGUUGGAGCUGGCCAUUGCAGAAAAGGAUAGAGAGUUAACCAAGAGAAUAGAAAAUGAGUUGAAGUUUAGACAAGCAUUGGAAAUGAAAGAAAGAGACCUGGAUUCUUUAUGCGCCAAGAUCAAGCUUGAGCCGACCAAAAUAGAAAGUGUUGAGGCGCUUAGUCUUGGCAAUAAGGGAGUUGGUGAUGAACUUAUUCUUGGGAAUCGGGUAGCAGAUGAGGAGUUCUCUGGGUUGAAAAAUUCGCUGGAUCGGCAGGUGUGGAAUAUCAAACAUAAACUAGAACCUGAAGAUAGGAGGAGAAAUAGGAGUUUUGAUAGUAUAAAGAUUGAGCAGAUGGGUUCUGAACCUGAAGAUAGGAGGAGAAAUAGGAGUUUUGAUAGUAUAAAGAUUGAGCAGAUGGGUUCUGACAUAGACAUCUUGAAAGAAACUAUGGAUAUUGCUUUUGGAAAGAUGCAGAAUUCUAUGUUCUUCUCUGAUAUGGAACCCAUAGAGCAGCAAUGGAGAUCGACAAUUGAGAAAGAUGCAUUAGGUAUUUUGAUCAAUGGUUUUGUGAGGGAUAUUCAGGAGAAUUUCAACGUAAAAGUUAGAGGGAGAGAAAAACAAGUUUCUUUUGGACUGAGUGAGCAUCUGUCGGAUUUGAUGAAAGAGAUUAAGUGCUUGAAUGAUGAUCUAGAAGCUCUUUGCUUAUCCCAAAGCAAUCAUGAGGGUAAGAUUUAUCUGGGGCCAAGAGAAAGGUCUUUAUCAGAAGAAGAUAUUCAUGGUAAACCUCAAAAUUCCACCUUAAGGGUUGAGAAAGUAUACCAACAGAAGGAGGUUGAAGAAGAGAAUACAGAAGAUGAUGCUGUUACCUUUGUUGCUAAAAUGAUAAAGAAUCAUGAGUCCUUUAUCAAGAAAAAAUCCAGAGAGGCGCAGAAGAUAAAGCGGGAAAAUACUGGAGAAAAAGGUUGUUCAUCCCCCAAGAGAGAAGAGGAUCUUAUUAAACCUAGAAGAAAGAUCCAAGAUGUUAUUAUAAGAAUGGAAAAUUUAAUUAACUGGAAUGCAAAACUUGGUGAAAGUUUUGGUGAGUAUGAAGGUACUGACCAUGAAAAAAGUUACUUCACACGACAGGAGAAAUCUCAUUACUUCACACGACAAGGAGAAAAAUCUCAAAUUGGGACCCAUUCGAAAGAUGGGCGCCAGGAAGAAAAGUCUGGAAGAACAAUUUCAAUUAGUUCCAAUGCUGUUGAAUGA